ACCAAAUCGACUUCCAGGAAAUAUAAGUGUCUCUGACUGAAUUCUGAGUUCCAAGUACCGUUUUAAUGUGUGUGGAGAAUAUUUUGCCCCUCGUCCACUUUUACGGUUAAUGACAUACAGGUCUCCAAUAAAAUUCAAGGAAACCGGUUAACUCAAAAUGUUGGAGCAGCCAGAAUCUGCUGUUGGAGAAGACGUCAUGUUGGCAGUAUGUGUUGAUGAUCCAGGAGGUCCUGAGAAGCUGUAUGUGGGCAAUGUUCCCAGGCCUCAGCUCAAAGCAGGAGAGAUCCUCAUUAAGGUCCAUGCCACUGCUCUGAACAGGGCUGACCUACUGCAGAGAAGAGGACUUUACCCAGCCCCGUCUGGUGAAAGCAAGAUCCUGGGCCUGGAGGCAGCAGGGACGGUGGCUGCCCUGGGUUCAGGGGUCGGAGGACAAUGGGUUCCAGGGCAGCGAGUCAUGGCCCUGCUCUCUGGGGGUGGAUACGCCGAGUUUGUCUCUGUACCAGAAGAGUUGGUUAUGCCAGUUCCUGCUCAUUUGACCAUUACCCAAGCCGCUGCUCUCCCCGAGGCCUGGCUAACGGCCUUUCAGCUGCUUCAUCUCAUAGCUAAAGUGCAGCCAGGAGAGACGGUGCUUGUGCACGCUGGAGCCAGUGGGGUUGGCACUGCUGCCAUUCAGCUGCUUCGCUUGACUCAGGCCAUUCCAGUAGUAACCGCAGGGACCGCAGAGAAACUUAAGAUGACUAAAAAUCUUGGAGCAGCUGCUGCGUUUAACUACAAAGAUGAGGAUUUCUCUGAGAGGGUCAUGGAGUUCACCAAAGGCCGAGGUGCAGAUGUUAUUCUGGACUGUGUGGGUGGCUCGUGCUGGAAUAAAAAUGUACAGUGUCUGGCUAUGGAUGGGCGAUGGGUCCUCUAUGGCGCCAUGGGAGGCAAGCAUGUAGAGGGAGAUCUGCUGGGUAAACUCCUGUCCAAACGGGGUCAUCUGCUUUGCAGCCUUCUCCGGUCGCGCAGUCUACAGUAUAAAGCUGAGCUGGUAAAGGCCUUUUCAGAGAGAGCUCUGCAUAAUUUUGAGGCACUAAACUCAUCUGUGACUCUAAGGCCAGUCAUCGACAGUGUGUUCAGCAUGCAGGACAUUGCUGCAGCACAUCAGCACAUGGAGGCCAACAAGAACACCGGAAAAAUAAUCAUCAGGGUGAUAGAGUCUAUGUCAGAGGAACUAUAACCCAUCUACCCAGUUUUGCUGCCACAAACAUAUGCAUCACUCAUCACAAUUCUGCCACUGUUAUGCAGAUCAAUCACAUGUAAUAACAAGUGUUAAAUCCAAAUGGUUUGCAUACCAAAAAUAAGAACCAUUAGAUUAAAAUGUAAGCAUUCCUCAUCAAGCUGUUCUGAAUCUCGUAUGAUCCGAAUCUAUACAUGACUGAAAUGAGAGGGGAGGUUUGGUUCUCAAGAGUUAUUUCAUUUGUGAACAAUUAAUUAAUCAGAGGUUGUAAUACACAGUGUUCAGUGUGUUUAUUUAAAAAUGUUGCCAUUUUUAGGGGCCAAGCAGCAAAGGCACCUAUUGUGUUUCUUAGUGUUCUUAUUAUAAUUCUGACAUGGAAGUCAAUGGCAGCCCAUAGAACCGAC